AUGACUGGGCCGGCAUCGCCAAGCACAGGAGGCCCGACUUUUGCGCCUCCUCAGUUACCUCCCGGCUGGAUCGCGCAGUGGGACUCGUCCAGCAAGAAGUACUACUACGUCCAGCUCGCCACCGGCGUCUCCCAGUGGGAGACUCCUACCGAGGCCGCAAAAACCGGCAGCACGCCCGCGCAGCAGGAAGACCACCCGUACGGCGUCCCGCCGCCUGAGAUUAUCACGCAUCCCGACGGCUCCCAGACGGUCAAGCACGCGGACGGGCGCAUGGAACCUAUCAUGGCCGAUGGCAGCAGAGGUAUCGGCGACGGUCCUUCGGGAGACCGUGGCUUUGGCUCCAUGGCCAUGAACGCCCUUCUUGGCGGCAAACAAGGCGGUGGUGGUGGAGGCAGCUCGGCCCUCGGUAGCCUCGCAAGUCAAUUCCUCGGCGGCAGUAGUGGUGGCGGCAAGACCUCUUCUGGUAUUGGCGGCAAGCUCGUCGGUCAGCUCACCUCGAACCUUUUUUCGCCAUCCGAGAAACCCGAGGCGCCGUCAAACUACCACGGUGGACAAAAUCAGCACGCGCCAACUGGUGGGCAGGGUGGCCUCGCCGGUGCCGUCAUGGGUGGCGUAGCCAGCAUGUUUGGCGGGCAGCAAGGCUCUGGUCACCAGAACUUUGGCUACUCCAACACCGGCACUGGCGGCACCUACUCGUCCAGCAGCCCCGCGCCAACCUACAACCCGCCCGGUUCGAACCACAACAUAUCCAGCUCCAACCAAAGCUCGGGCUCCAAUCAUGGCAGCCAGACGACACACGGGAGCGCCUCUCAAAGCCAAUCAUUCUCGGAGAAGCCUUCGCACCAGUCAAGUCAGUAUAGCGAUGGCAGCUACUCGCAGCGCCCCCCCAGCUACGGUAACCAGUCGCACCACAGCAGUCAGCAGAGCUACGGUGGUGACCAGUCAGGGUACUCGGGUCAACACCACUACAACCAGUCGUCGUCCCACGGCGGUCAAGGGCACAGCUACAGCGGCUCCCAUGGUGGUCAGCACCAUGAGGGUCAAUACGGUAGCCAGCAAUACGGCGGCCAGCAACGUGGUAGCCAGCAACAGAGCGGCGGAUACAACUCUGGCAACCAGUACGGCAGCGGCCAGUCCCAGUACGGAGGCGGUGGCUACCAAGGCCAAGGUCAGGGGUAUGACAGCAGCCGUUACUAG